CUUGUGAUUGUCACAGGAAAACUUGUCUCCCUUCUUGUAUAUGGGGAUGAUCAGUGACUUACACCAACCCGAUGGGACUUCCUCUGAUUCCGAGACGCUGCCUAGUACCUCAGUUAAUGCAGACAGUAAACCGUCGUCACCACAUUUAAGCACCUCUGAAGUCAUUCCAUCAGGUCCAGCUGCUUUGCUUUGUUUCACACUAGGGACAGUUUUUGUAACCUCAGUUAGAGACGGAGUUUAUAUUCCAUUGAGGAAGGUGUUGAAUGUUCGGCAGGUUAAGCGUAGCUGUAGGCUAGUUAAACUGCUCCUCAUAGUGUUUUUCUUCAGCGUUCCAGUCGUCUAUCCUGGGAGCUAAUUAUGGUGCCAUUUUUCU